AUUACUACCUUCCCCAGCCAAUUCCCGAUUUUCAAUUCUCUCUUUUCUUCACACAAGAGAAUAAGAAUCUCGCUUUCUUUCUCAUCAUCCCCCAAUCAAUUCAGCUGCUGCUUCUUCUACAUCCUCCCUUUCCUCUCCACAAUCGAUCGCCGCCAUGGCUCAGCAGAAAGUGGUGCUGAAGGUGUUGACCAUGACCGACGAGAAGACGAAGCAGAAGGCAAUCGAGGCCGCCGCAGAUAUAUUCGGGGUUGAUUCGAUAGCCGCGGAUCUGAAGGAGCAGAAGCUGACGGUGAUCGGGGUGAUGGACACGGUGGCGGUGGUGAAGAAGCUGAAGAAAGUGGGGAAAGUGGACAUCGUCUCCGUCGGUCCCGCCAAGGAAGAGAAGAAGGAAGAAAAGAAGGAUGGUGGUGGUGGUGGUGGUGAGCCCAAGAAGGACGACAAAAAAGAUGACAAGAAAUAAUUAUUUAUUUUAAUUAUCAUCUUAGGAAAUCACCGAUUUUCCGGUGAUUAGUAUUACUCUGUAUUAAUUGAUACAAUUUUCCUUCCUUCUCCUUUUCCUCCCGCCACCAAAUAGAAGAAAUUGUGUAAUAAUAAGUUGUCUGCGUUUCCGGCCAGGAAAAAUUCUGGCCCGGUCGCCGAUUCUGUGGAGAGAAAUUAAAGUGCGGCGGUACCAUUGAGGCAUUGACUUCACUUUCCUGCCUGCAUUAUUUUUGUUUCCCUUUUCUAUUUGGUAAGCGGAUUGGGAAAGUUUCCUUGUAACUCACGAUUAUAAUUCUUGGUAUUAGUUAAGGGGUUUUCGCGAUAAAAAUUCAAUAGGCGG